AUGGUUUCUGAAGAUUUUUUCUUGAUCAAUAUCAAAAGGUACAGACCUAGACACUUUGCCAAUGGGUUAACACCUAUAUGGCUGAAGGUUCCCGUAUCUAGAAGAUCAUCAGUGUUCAUUUUAUUAUUCUUGGGUAACAUGGGAGAAUUGAGAGUCGUUUUAACUAAAAGGUCCUCGAGAUUAAGAAAUUUCCCUGGUCACAUCUCCUUACCUGGAGGGAAGUCUGAUUCAGUAGAGGAAACAGAAUGGGAUGUUGCACGAAGGGAAAUGGAAGAGGAAAUUGGCUUAAGUGCUGACAAUGAAAAAUUGAAGAAUGAUUAUGGUUUUGAAAUUCAGCACCUUAAUACUUUGCCCUGUUAUUUAUCUAGAACGUUUUCCGCUGUUAAACCGUGUAUUGGGUUUAUGCGUAGUACAUCAAACUCCUCAACGACUCAAUUGGAGAAAACUAUUCAAAUGCACUUGAAUCCGGGCGAGAGUUCACUGAUAUUUUCAUGUCCUUUAAAGGAUUUUUUGUACCCUUCACCAAUCGCACCUAGGGAAAAUGACCCAAAGCCGCUUGAAUCAAUAGACAGAUCCUCGUUAAAGGUUGAAUGGGGCAAGAUUCCUUGGAAUUUGAGGAGCUACACAUUCCCUCAGUAUAAUCCGAAUGAAGUUGAAUGGUUAAAAAAUAUCAAAGAUUUAAGUGAGCUGGACCUGGAAUAUCUGCGUCUGCCAUCUCCGCUCGGGGAGCCACUGGGGGGUGACCCACUGGGGAAGCCACUGGAACUGCAGCAAAUGUUAGAACCCUUAGAGCGUGCCCUGGAAGAAGCCGAGAAGCAGAUUGCAGCCGAAAUUAAAAAGUCAAAGAAAAAUAAGUUGAAAGAAUGGGGUAGGCUCGGCUCCAGACGAGACUCAUUGACAAAUGAAAAGAUAUAUGAUGUUUGGGGUUUGACUGCUAACAUCUUACAUGAUUUGGCGGAAAUUACUUAUACUCUGCUGCCCGAUUCUGAUACCAGAGAAAUUUCCAGAGAGUUGGGAGAGGAAGAAUUGAUUUACCUGUUAUUUGAAUAUGGGAACCAGUUGCAGAAAAGAGAAAGACUGCCUGAAGAGCUGAAAUUGAUCAGUUCCACAACUGCGGAAGAUGAGUUAGGCUUUAACGACGUAUUGCCACGCACCGAGUUCAAUAGGUUGAAAAGAUUAUACACCAACAAAUAG